UGCGCUUGUAGAGUGAAGAAAAAGCACAGAGCAGGCACGUGGAUGUGGGGAAAAUAUAGUUGAUAGUUGAAACAACGCUUUUCUGUUUAUGGAAUAUAUGCGACGUGAAUAUAAGUAAUUAUAAUUUUUUGUUAGACACGUUUAGUUUGGAAUCGAGUGUCAUCUAAGCGUGAUAUAGCCACAUACUGUUCUCCGUCUGCUGUCUGCGUUUGGAUCAGUCGUUAAACGUUAUUUUAGACGUCCAGAUUGCGGCCUCGAGUUGUUUUCAUCAGAAGGUCUACAGGGGAAAUGGCAAAAAAUAAACAGAAAGGCAAAAAGCAACAGAAUGUAUUUCAGGUUGCGAACAAACAGUCAAAACCCAAGACCAAAGCGAAACCCGUCAAGACCUCUUUGAAACAUAUAAACACUUUGAGAAAUGAAAAAGUGGAGAGCUUAAAUCAGAUGUUCACAGAAGUACAGCGAGAUGUCAGAAGUAUAUCAAAAUCAACAUCCAGUGAACCCAAAAAAGCACAGAAGGUGGUCAGAGAAGCUCCACGAGAAGCUGUCAAUGUGGAUAAUGCUGCCCAGCUUUUCUCUCAACUGUAGAAGAUCAUUUUAACAUGCUAAAAUGUACGAAUCACAGACACUUCAUUACAAAGUCCUCAAACAAAAAUAGUUAUAGAUAACUGCCAGUCAGCCAUAUUAUUUAUUACAAAAAUAUUCCCCCGUGUAGAUUCAAUCAUGUUUUUUUGCAUGAUUUCUAUCCCUCGUAGGACUGGUUUUGUAAAUGCACUCCGCAGUUCAUGCUGAUCACACAACCAAGCCUAAUGUCCAGAAAAUACAUUAGUAAGUUUUCCUAGAGCACUGAUUUUCUUUAGGAUUUGAAUUUUGUCUGUGCUUGCUGAAGCAUAAAGAACAAAGUCAUUAAAGACUGAAUUCUUUCAGAGCUGUUCUGUAAUGAGUUGUGCUUCUGUUUUAUUGAGUCAGCUGUAACAGGCUUUAUAUAUUCUUCGGAUCAAUGUUUGAACUUGUGACCCAGUGGAAAGAGAGAUGUCCAGUCGAGUCAGUGGAAUUGAGAUUGUUUGCUGGUGUUUUAUUUAUAGAAGGUGGGCUGGAAGGGAAUUGACUUCUUUUUUUAUUUUAUUUUUUUGCAGUUCUAAGCACUAAAACAGCACUUGAAAGAAUCUCUUCAAACCUUUAUUCUGAAUCUGCUUACAGGUUUUUAUUUUAGGUGCAAAUAAUAAUUGUGUUUAUUCAUCCUUGUGUGUGGUUCCAAACCCAUUUGAUUAAAAUGUAAGUGAAUUAAUUUUCAUUUUACAGAAAAGUUCUACAUCAAGUCCUGUAUGCAACAUUUAUCUUGAGUCCUUUAUGCUGGUUUAUAACCACAGAAAAGUUUGAGAUCAAAUAAAAUUAUUGAAUGAGA